UGAGCGUACAAGCGGCCAUCACUGAGUAGCAAGAUCGUUGCACACCGCUCGGAAGAGAAAUGAUUGCCACGACCCGCGGCAGCUCGGCGAAGGCGGCGGCGGCGGUGGGCGGCAAGGCGGCGCGCGCCUGUGACGGGUGCCUGCGGCGGCGGGCGAGGUGGUACUGCGCGGCGGACGACGCGUUCCUGUGCCAAGGGUGCGACACGUCGGUGCACUCGGCGAACCCGCUCGCGCGGCGGCACGAGCGGCUGCGCCUGUGCCCGGCGUCUCCGCUGCAGACGCCGCCAGAUCGCUCGGCGGCGGCGGCAGCGACGGCGACUAAUAAGCGCGAGCGUCACGACGAGGUGGCGGUGCCCGCGUGGUUCGGGCGCAAGGCGCGAACCCCGCGCGGCGGGCACGCCAAAAGCGUCGGCCAGGUGGCGUUGUCGCGGCGCCUCGUCGUACCGCAUGCGGCUGGCGGGGACUCAGACUCACCCGAUGAGCGAAACGGCGGCGAGGAGGAGCAGCUGCUCUACCGCGUGCCCAUCCUUGACCCCGCCCUAGCCGAGUUCUGCUCGCCCCCGCCUCUCGAGGACGCGGCCGGUCUCGCUCUCGACGCGUCGGUGUGCAACGAAGACGGCGCCAUCGAGGACCCCGCGAAGCCGGAUCCUGCGGCGCCGCUGGCCCAGUUCUGCCCCGUCAGCGGCCAUUUCAACUUCGGCCCGACCGACGCCGAGCUCAGGGAGUUCGCCGCGGACAUGGAAGCCCUCCUCGGGCACGGCCUGGACGACGGAAACGAGGAGGACUCGUCGUUUUACAUGGAGACGCUGGGCCUCCUCGACCCAAUGGAAGUGGGCGACGAUGCCACGCAAGUCAAGGUGGAGACCGACGGCAGCAGUGCGUGCUGCGAAGCCAGUGGCACGCUGGCCUGUGGCCUGGAGCUGGACUUAGAGGCAUCUGACGAGAUGCUGGACAUCGACUUCGACUACGCAUCGCCUCAGGACACGGCGACGGACGAGAGAGCCGCCAGCAGCGACACGGGAGCCGACGCCCAGUUCUUGCAGACGAGCCUCUCGCUCACCCUCAACUACGAGGCCAUCAUCCAGAGCUGGGGGAGCUCGCCGUGGACCGGUGGCGGUGAGCGACCACACGUCAAGCUCGACACCAGGUGGCCCCACGACUACACGAACAUGUGGGUUGUGGGAGGAGUGGUCGGCCACGGCGGCGAGGACCUGCCGGGCACGCCUAGGCUGGGGAUGGACGGCGGCCGGGAGGCCCGGGUGUCGCGGUACCGGGAGAAGCGGAGGACGCGGCUCUUCUCCAAGAAGAUACGGUACGAGGUGCGCAAGCUCAACGCCGAGAAGCGGCCACGGAUGAAGGGCCGAUUCGUCAAGCGUGCUACCGCCGGUGGCAGCCUCGCCAUCGCUGGCCUCGCUUAAUGCCGCCGGCUUGCUGCAUGUUUGGUUGUUGAGCCUGCGUGUCUGCAUAUCUCGUCACGUCGUCAUGAAAUCAUGACAAGAAUGAACAAACAAUUCGUCG